GAAGAAAGUCAUAGAAGAAAGCAAAGGAAGAAUCCAAUCUCUUCUGUGUCUUUCUCGUUUGGAUUUUUAUGAAUCCUUCCUUUCCUGAACCCUUUCUGCAACAUAUCCUCCAUGAAAUUUCCCUCGCAUCUAACGGUAUACGGAUCUGAUUCAAGAAUCAUGACAGCCCCGUAUAACAAGGAAACAGGAAGGUGGUGAUGGUGAUGAUGAUGAUGAUGGUGAUAGUUUAAUUACUGACUCUAACAUCACCUUUACUCUCUCUCUUCAUGGGUUUCUGAGAUCCUCCUCCUAGCCGCCUUCUUCAUCUUCUUUUUCUUCCUCUCUCUCUCUCUCUCUCUCUCUCUCUAUCUCUUCGGGUUCCUGGUGCUCUUGUGAAGCUAGUUUUCCAGACAUGGAAGAGGGUGGUGGAAACUUCUCUAACCUUUUCGAGGAAUCAGAGUUCGGAGACCCGAACCAGCUUGCAGGAGCUGCCUCCCCUGAGGAUCUCUUCAGCAUCUUAGAGACCCUCGAAGGUGUCUCAGAGUUCGAUUCCUUCACUUCUUUUGAUGAAACUACUACUGCUCUCCUCAGCCCCAAAGUUGGUGGCACUACCUCUUCCAGUAAUGCUACUCUCCAGGACUACUCCGAGACUGAUGCGGAAGCUGAAGCAGCCCAUGCUCGCAAGCGGCGAAAGCUAUCAGAGAUUUCGAUGGAGGAUUCAGAAACUAACCCAGAUGGGUUACCAAGAAUGACUCACAUUGCGGUGGAAAGGAACCGUAGGAAGCAGAUGAACGAGAACCUCUCCGUCUUGCGUUCCCUCAUGCCUUGCUUCUACGUUAAACGAGGAGAUCAAGCAUCAAUAAUAGGAGGAGUGGUGGAUUACAUCACUGAGUUGCAACAAGUUUUAAAGUCACUAGAGGCAAAGAAGCAAAGGAAAGUUUAUAGCGAAGUUCUAAGCCCUAGACUAGUUUCAGGUAGUCCAAGACCUUCACCGCUGAGCCCACGAAGGCCACCACCAUCCCCUCUAAGUCCCAGACUAAACCUACCAAUUAGCCCUAGGACCCCUCAACCUGGGAGUCCUUACAUGCCAAGAAUGACCAUGGCUACUAACCAGCUUGAACCCUCCUCCUCCUCUUCCUCUUCUUCUUCCCCUUCUCUUGAUAAUGUGAAAGAAUUGGCUGCAAACUCGAAAUCCUCCAUUGCAGAUGUGGAGGUGAAAUUUUCAGGGACAAACGUUCUGUUAAAGACCAUAUCUCCUAAGAUUCCUGGCCAAGCUGUGAAGAUAGUAGCUGCCUUGGAAGGACUUGCCCUUGAGAUUCUCCAUGUGAGCAUCACUGCCUUUGAUGAUACCAUGCUUAACUCCUUCACCAUUAAGAUUGGAUUUGAAUGUGAGCUUAGUGCGGAAGAACUAGCACAUGAAAUCCAGCAAACCUUCUGUUAGCUCUAAUAAAGACUGGUUUUGUCCAACUCACUUGUGUGAUUGCUAGUACAAGAGAAGUUGAGAGGAGGGUCAUGACCAUCUAGUGUGUACAAGCUAGCUAGCAAAUGUAACUUGACGUACCAUGACUUUGUAGUUGCUAAUGCAGUAGUGACACUUGAAAUUAUUUAGGGAAGCUUUAUUUUCAUUAUGAGGUUGUAUCCUAGUCUUUGCUAAUCUACUCUUGAAAUGUCACUGUACUCCCCCCUCCCCCAAUUUUAUCCAUCUAUAAUCUGAAAUUUCUUCUUGAUUUAAAUUUUUAAAA